AUGUCACACAUGGCUUAUCGUUUUUACCAGGACCACAUUGAAGUCAGUGGCUGUUUAUGCUCAAUUUCGCAACGAUUUUGUUCCACCCUCAUGUUCUUCCGACAAACCAUUCUUUAUGAAUUCGAUCGGUCAUUUUGGAGCGAUAUGAUUCUCUCAGUAUCUGCCAUAGCAGGAAUCACGACCGCUGUCUUCACUGUCUUGAUUGCCGGUCUCGGGACUGUUAUAUACAUCAAUCGUCGACGACAUCAGAUUCGCAACAAAAUCAGCUUCCGUGCAAAGACUAUUGCUCAUUCUUCACCCAAUACUUCACGCCUUCAGAUGCUCAGUUCAUCGGCAUUCAUUACUGACCCUACGAAGCGUACGCAAGACUAUCAUGGCCGAUAUCCGAGCUUGGAAAAAGGUCCCGGACCAACUGUAGUCAAGAAGGGUUGGAGUUCUAUGCGGAGCGAUUUCCAGAGCCUCAAGGACACAAGUAAUCUGCCUGCUAUCGGUUCGCUUGAUACUUGUAACAAUCUCACUAUGCCUUCUGCCAGGGCUACUGUGGGUGCUGAUGAAGGAGCACCUGUGCCAAACACGAUGACAGAACCAGUGUCGACAGGUGCAACCACUUUGGCGGCCGCAAGGACCAUGGAGAUCAAGCGAGGACCAGAAGAUGCGUUGAAGAGCAGGCCAAGUAGCUUACAUCAGGCCGUGUUGGAUGUUGGUUGA